GCCAAUUUUUUGAUUCAACGAGAUUUUUUCGAAUAUUUUCUUGACUGAUUUUUUUUCUGAUUUGCGAAUUUGAGUGCGAUUUUUGUCGGUGUUGAUGUUUCUGAGUGUUCUGACGGAGGACAGUGCCAGACAGAGUAAAGUAGAGUUGCUCGGAUUUUUUUUCUGCCACUUCGUUUUGUUUUUUUGUUCCGUUGUGUACGUUCCCCUGGUUUUGGAUCAGGACCGGGACGCCCUAACGACCGAGGAUAUACGUUCCUGAGAUUUUACCAACUCUCUGACUUUCGAUUGCGUUUUGUCGGAGUUGCCGGGGAAUUCAAAUAACAGAAAGAUGCGAUUGCUGAUCGUGCUGGCGCUAGCGAUAGCGUGCGCCUCGGCGCAGAACUACCCCCCACUGACGGACUCGGUUCUGCAAAUGCUGAGUGAAGGACAGACUUACAUGAACGCGGAGCCGCCGGACACGAAGAUCCUCCUCAGAGAAUACGAUUUCAUCGUCGUCGGUGCCGGUUCCGCCGGGAGUGUCAUCGCUAGCCGACUCAGCGAGGUACCAGAAUGGAAAGUUCUGCUCAUCGAAGCUGGUCAGGAAGAGAAUAUCGUAAUGGACAUUCCAUUAGCUGCUAAUAUGCUUCAGUUUACUGGCAUCAACUGGAAAUACAAGACAGUGCCAUCCAACAAAUACUGUUUGGGAAUGACAAACAAUCAAUGCAACUUCCCGCGCGGGAAAGUAAUGGGUGGAAGUAGCGUUCUCAACUACAUGAUCUUCACCAGAGGAAAUUACCGAGACUUUAAUCACUGGGAGGAACUUGGCAAUCCAGGCUGGAGCUGGGAGAACGUGCUGCCCUACUUCAAAAAACUGGAGGACAUGACGAUCGAGGGACCCCGGAGUGACACCCGUAUGCACGGGCGCAACGGCCCCAUGACCAUCUCCGAGGCACCCUUCGAGACCAUCAUCUCCAAGGCUUUCGUCACCGGCGGAACAGAGCUUGGUUACUCCAGGGUCAAUGUCAACUCAGAGCGACAGACCGGCUUCUCCCGACUCCCCGUAACCCUCCGAAACGGCACCCGCUGCAGCACCUCGCGCGGAUACCUGCACCCGGCGCGCAACCGCCGGAACCUCCACGUCCGCAAGUACUCCCAAGUGACCCGCGUCAUCAUCGACCCCAAGACGAAGACGGCCAUCGGGGUGGAGUUCGAGCGGGCCCGGAAGCGCUACCAGGUCCUCGCCCGGAAGGAGGUCAUUCUCUCGGCCGGGGCCAUCGGCUCGCCGCACUUGCUCCUCCUCUCCGGCGUCGGCCCCAAGAAGCACCUCCAGGAGAAGGGCGUCAAGGUGGUCAAGAACCUCCCCGUCGGCUACAACCUCCAGGACCACGUGGCUUUGGGAGGCCUCACCGUCCUCAUCAACCAGCCGGUGUCCAUCAAGACCGAUAGGAUCCUCUCCAACGCCACCGCGCUCAACAUGUUCCUCACCCAGCACCGCGGGCCUAUCACCAUUCCUGGGGGAUGCGAAGCCCUGGCGUUCAUCGACACGAAGAACGACGACCCUCGGAACACGGACGGGUACCCGGACUUGGAGCUGCUCCUCGUGGCCGGGGCCGUGAGCUCGGAGCCGACGCUCAAGCUCAACUUCGGCAUCAAGAACAGCGUCUACGACAGCGUCUACCGCGACACGGAGGCCCUCGACGGCUUCAUGGUCCUCCCCAUGAUCAUGCGCCCCAAGAGCACCGGCUUCGUCCUCCUCAAGGACCGCAACCCCUUCCACUCGCCCUACAUCAUCCCCAACUACUUCGCCGAUGAAGAGGACCUCGACGUGGCCGUGGCCGGCGUCCGCAAAGUCCAGGAGCUGAUCAAGACCCCGGCCAUGCGGCAACUGGGCGCCCAACUCCUGCAGACCCCGCUCCCCGGCUGCACGUCGAUGCCGUUCGACUCGGACGACUACUGGAAGUGCCACGCGCGACACCUCCCCUUCACCAUCUACCACCUCUCGGGCUCGUGCAAGAUGGGCCCGGCCUCGGACCGCACGGCCGUCGUCGACCCCCGUCUCCGGGUGCACGGCGUGCGGAACCUCCGCGUCGUCGACGCCUCCAUCAUGCCCAAGGUCACCGCCAGCCACACCAACGCCCCCGUCAUCAUGAUCGCCGAGAAGGCCGCCGACAUGAUCAAGCAGGACCACGGCAAGCGCACCGACUUCUAGGGCGCCGAUCUCGCAGAGGUUAAGACUGGACCGGGGUUGCCGCCACGCAACCGCUGCCUCGGUAUCACUAUAGUUACUAUCCGCAGGGAGGGUUACGCCCGGAGACGGAUGGAGACCCUUUCAAUCCCUUGGAGAUACACUGGAAAAAAAAAAACA